GUCGUAGUCCACCCUCCCUCCCCAGCAAAGGCGGCGGCGGGCGGGGAGAACGCCCUUUCUCGGGCGCCCAGGUGUUUCCCCCAGGUGGCAUCUCAGCCCCCUCCCCAUCGGACAGCGGCCCAGAUGGGCAGCUCUUUGGAUCCCUCCAAGCCCAGAAGGUCUUCCACUUCCUACUUAACCGGCGUCUGAUCCUCUCUGUGUCUUGCCAGAAGAUGGUCUCCUGAGGAAGCUCCCAUGCUGAACGAGAAGACCAGAGCCCGAGUUGCGCUUGGGAUGGUUCCGAUCUAGGCCACUUGGCGUUGGGACUGCCUCUUCUUCCCUUGCCCCCGUUUCAGCGUCUGACGUGUCCGAAGGACCCACUGAUGUGACCCUCUUGGUCGGAGGAGAGAAGCAGGACGCCUGGCCACUGUGAGAAGAUGGAGGCCCGUUGGGUAAGACCCGACCUCACCAAUGAAGGUGAGCGACCGCCAGGGGCCAAAGUGGCAGUGAAAGAGGAGCCGGGGGAGGAGUUGUGCAUCGGGUGUCCGCUGGACCCAGCCGAGCCAGGGAGGUUGUCGCUAUCAAGCCCCACAGCAGGGAUCAAGAAGGAGCCGGAAGAACCAUCGUACCACAUCGGUCUCUGGGAGGACAGCGACGGGGGGGCCAGCACCGAUUCCUCGGACACCAAGCCCAAUGUUAUUGUGAAGGUGGAACCGGAGGAGGAGGAAGGAGACAACGAUGACGAGGUGGGCGAGGAGGACUUUGGCUGCUCCCCCACUCCUAGGCCUGCCCCCCUGGCCGGAUGUUUGGAGCUGAGUGCCAACUUGUCACAUGGAAAGAUGGCUCAGGAGCCAUGCAGAGAGAGCGCGGAUGGAACUCCUUCUCAGGGUUCGUUGAAGAGGAAACGCAGCACAUCUUGGUGGGCACAGUUGAGAUCUCCUGGGACUUGGAGUGCGGCUCCGGCAUCUGUACCUGCGUCUGGAGGAUCUUUCAGAGCUGCUAAAACAGUGACUGUGGUCGUCUCUGGGGCGGCUGAAGCCCACCAGCACCCCAAGAGUCCUGCCAGUGAGCGGCCCUUCGCUUGCAGUGUCUGCGGGAAGCGGUUCCAGCACCGGGGCAACCUGGUGACCCACCUACGGGUCCACACGGGGGAGAAGCCCUUCCCUUGCACCGAGUGCGGGAAGAGCUUCAGCCAGAAGGGGGACCUGAUGCGCCACCUCCGUGUCCACACGGGGGAGAAGCCCUUUGAGUGCCCUGUCUGUAGUAAGAGCUUCUGCUCCAAGCAGACUUUCAUCUUGCACCAGCGCAUCCACACAGGCGAGAAGCCCUUCUCCUGCCCCGAGUGUGGGAAACGCUUCAACCGUAAAGCCAACUUCGUCACCCAUCAAAAGAUCCAUCGGGGCGAGCGGCCCUUCGUCUGUGGUGAGUGCGGCAAGGGCUUCUGCGCCCGGAAGACCUUUAUCCUGCACCAGAAGAUCCACGUGGGCGAUCGGCCCUUCAUCUGCCCCGACUGUGGGAAGAGCUUCAGCCGUAACGGGGACCUCACCCGGCACCAACGCAUCCACACUGGCGAGCGGCCCUUUGCCUGCGCUGAUUGUGGGAAGAGCUUCAGUCACAAUGGGGAACUGAUCAAGCACCAGCGCAUCCACACCGGCGAGAAGCCCUUCUCCUGUGCCGAGUGCGGGAAGAGCUUCAACCGCAAGGGCACCCUCGUCACCCACCAGCGCAUCCACACUGGCGAGCGUCCUUUCGUUUGCGGCGAGUGCGGCAAGACCUUCAACCUAAAGACCACCCUGAUGAAGCACCGGCGCAUCCACACCGGUGAGCGGCCCUUCAACUGCUUGGAGUGCGGGAAGAGCUUCAAGUACAAGGGGAACCUACGGACUCACCACUUGACGCACACGGUGGAGCGCGUGUACCCUUGCACUGAGUGCGGCCUGGUGUUCGGCCAGCGGAAAGGGCUGAAGGGGCAUCAGGCAGCCCAUGCGGGGGACCACUUGCUGCCCUGCUACCGGGACAACGGGGAGAACGUGAACCCCUUCCUCCAGGUGCACCCUCUCCUCCUAUCCUGCACCCCGCUUCCCGUGCCCCUGGAGACUCUGACCAAGUUCAAGCAGGAAGCUGGUGGCAAAGGUCUUGGAUUUGAGGAUGCCAAUGCUUAGACUUGGGAAUGGUUGAGAGGGGAAGGCACUCUUUAAUUGAUCUCUGGGAUACCGUUUUUGACGUGAACAACAUAGCAACCCGCUGUACUCGGCCGCAGGAGAGAGGCUGGCUGAGGCUGACUUGGGGGGGAGGACUUUUGUCCGUGAUAUGGCAGCCUCAGCCACAAAAGAAGCUGACCACAUGGGAGCAUUUAUGGUUUAGGGUAGGCAGUUGCCAAAUUCUUAGUUUAGCAAACUGUGCACUUACUAGGGGAUAGUCAGUUGGACGUUAGGCAGUGGUACCUAGCUUGUAGAAAGAGGAGGAAGGCUUGAGUCCCUGAAAGUAACGGGGGAUCGGCAGAAGCAACAUGAAAUGAAGGAUAGUAAGGUAUGGAGUAGCUUUUCUGAAACGGAGGCCAGGGUACAAUUGGCGAGUUAGCCAAAACCAAUAAACCACCAUGGUUCAAGAGCAAAUGACUGACAUGACUCCUUGGGGGCGGUGGUGUGUGUGUGUGUGUGAAGAGGAGGAGUUGGUGGCUUCACAGGGGUGCUCUUGUGAGGGGAAGGGGAGAAAGGCACAAGCACAUAUUUUAUCUGGAAAGAAGAAUGACCAAACAGAUCAUGGGUUGUCUGGCACAAUGGUCCCCAACUUUUGUGGCUUGACGGCCUGGCUGGGGUGGGGGAAGGGGAACUGGGCCCUGUGAGUGGUGGGCUGGUGCACGCGUGCGUGCACACAAAGCUCAGCUGCAAGUUGCAUGAUUGACUGGCUGAUUGAUUAACUGAGUGACUGAUUGACUGAUUAAUUGAUUGACUGUCUAACUGAUUGAUUGAUUGAUUGUCUGAUUAACUCACUGACUCAUUGAUUGUCUAAUUGAUGGACUGACUGAGUAGCUGGCUGAUUGAUUGACUGACUCUAAUUGAUUGAGUAACUGACUGACAUUGAUUGACUGCCUACCUGAUUACCUGAUUGAUUGAUUAUCUGAUUGACUAUCUAAGUGAUUGACUGAGUAACUGACUGACUGAUUGACUACUAGAUUGACUGUCUAACAUUGACUAACAUUGAUUGACUGACAUUGACUCACUAACUGAUUGACUGUUUAACUGAUUGACUGAAUAACUGAUUGAUUGAUUGAUUGAUUACCUGACAGAUUGUCUGAUUCACUAACUGACUGAUUGAUUGACUCUGACUGACUAACUCACUGACUCAUUGAUUGACUGACUGUCUAACUGAUGGCCUGCCUGCCUGAUUGAUUAUCUGAUUGAUUGGUUGAUUGAUUAUCUGACUGAUUGAAUGACUGAUUAACUUAGUGACCCAUUGAUUGACUGACUGAUUAUCUAACUGAUUGACUGACUCUGACUGUUUAAUUCACUGACUAUCUAACUGAUUGACUAACUGACUAAUUGAUUGACUGGCUGAUUGAUUAGUUGAUUGGUUUCAAGGGCCACCCACCCACCCAUACAACACUCUGGACAUUUUAGGAGGGUCUCUUUUCAGGUCCUCCCCCAGUCCCUGGAUGAAUCUGUCUAUCUUGACCCGUCCCAGUCCAGCUUCUGGCCUGGGUACAGCACAGAGACGGCCUUGGUCACGUUGGUAGAUGAUCUCUGGAGGGCCCGGGACAGAGGUUGUUCCUCUGCCCUGGUCCUAUUAGAUCUCUCAGCGGCUUUUGAUACCAUCGACCAUGGUAUCUUGCUGCGGCAGCUAGAGAGGCUGGGAGUGGGGGGCACCGUUUUUCGGUGGUUCUCCUCCUUCCUCUCUGACCAGUCGCAGACGGUAUUGGCAGGGGGGCAGAGAUCGGCCGCGAGGCGCCUCAUGUGUGGGGUGCCACAGGGGUCGGUUCUCUCGCCUCUCCUGUUCAACAUCUAUAUGAAGUGAUGUCCCAGUGCCUGGAGGACGUGCAGGUCUGGAUGGGGAAAAACAGGCUUCAACUUAACCCUUCCAAGACUGAGUGGCUGUGGAUGCCGGCAUCCUGGUACAGCCAGCUGACUCCAUCGCUGACUGUAGGGGGCAAGUCAUUGGCCCCCACGGUUCACAAUCUUGGCGUCCUCCUGGAUGUACGGCUGUCUUUAGAAGAGCACAUGACGGCCAUCGCCAGGGGGGCUUUUUAUCAGGUUCGCCUGAUAAGCCAGUUGCGUCCCUUCUUAGACCGGGAUUCCCUAUGCACGGUCACUCACGCCCUCGUCACUUCCCGCCUGGACUACUGCAACGCUCUCUACAUGGGGCUCCCCUUGAAGAGCACCCGGAGGCUCCAACUGGUCUAGAAUGCGGCUGCGCGGGUAGUAGAGGGAGCAACUCGAGGCUCCCAUAUAACACCUCUCCUGUGCAAGCUGCACUGGUUGCCGGUGGUCUUCCGGGUGCAAUUCAAGGUGCUGGUUACUAUCUUUAAAGCGCUCCAUGGCACAGGACCGGGUUAUUUACGGGACUGCCUGCUGCCACCGAUUGCCUCCCAUUGACCAGUGCGCUCCCAUAGGGAGGGUCUCCUCAGGGUGCCGUCAGUCAGACAAUGUCGACUGGCGACCCCCAGGGGGAGGGCCUUCUCUGUGGGGGCUCCUGCCCUCUGGAACGAGCUGCCUCCAGGGAUACGUCAACUCCCUGGCCUUCGGGCCUUCCAGCAUGAGUUGAAGACUCUUUUAUUUCAUCGUGCAGGACUGGCCUAAUAGUUUUUAAUGGGGGUGUUUUAUUAGAGUUUUUAGUUUUUUAGCCAAAUUGAAUUAGUUUUUAAAAAUGUUUUUAAUUUUUGUGAUUUCUUGUUUUACUUGGCUGUAAACCACCCUGAGUCCUUCGGGAGAAGGGCGGUAUAUAAAUUAAAAUAAUAAAUAAAUAAAUAAAUGUCUCCCCCAAGAAAAGAUGGAGCCACCGGAAGCCUUGAACCAGAUUCCUAAUUUCCCACCUGAGAAUCCUUUUCUGAUCGAUCAAUCACCUUGAUUAAAAAAUUCCAAGAAACCACACGGCCCCAGGAGCACCCCCGCCCCCCCAACAAUCCAUUGCAUCUAGGGCAGUCUCCUUCCACACUUGGUAGUCCUCCACUUAUGACAGUUCACUUAGUGACCAUUCCAAGUUACAACGGCCCUGAAGAAAGAGACAUAGGACUGUUGUUCAGACUUACAACCUUUGCAAUGUCUCCAGUGUCACACGAUCAAAAUUCAACCGCUGGGCAACCGACUCAUAUUUACGACGGUCACAGUGUAUCUGGGUCAUGUGAUCCCUUUUUGGCAACCUUCCCCCGAGCAAAAUUCCAUGAGGAAGCCCGAUUCGCUUCCCGAAUGUGUUUCUAACAUGGUCGUAAAACAGGGCAGAAUGCAUUUAACAAAUGUC